AUGUCUUCGAUACGGUCCCUUACGUCUUUCAAGCUCGACUUGCCUCCUAGCUGUAUCGAGUUCUUCCCGCUGAAUCCACAGUAUGCGAUAGUCGGCACCUACAACCUCGAAAAGCCCAAUGAGGAAGAAUCCGCGGGCAGUGCUCCGCACGAUGGAAAAGUGAGCGCCAAAAAUCAGCAGCGUAAUGGCAGUCUGAUAUUGGUACAAGUUGAUGGUGAUAUCGUUAACAUCAUCCAAACCCUAUCUACGCCAUCAGCUAUUUUGGACAUCCAUUUCUUGACGCACGUUACUAGCUCUAAUUUUGGCGUUGCGACAUCGACCGGAGCUUUCGCGAUCUACGAGCUCCAAUCAUGGCAGCGGGACCCCAAGAUUGCCCAUAUUAAGACCAUCCAGUACUUUCCAGAGGAUGUACUCAUCACCGCGUUUACCUGGCAUCCAGAGUCCUUCAUGGUCGGUAUGACACUAUCAAAUGGGCAGGUAUGUCUCGGUGUAAUCGACACGGAAGAAGAGUCCGAUGCGCCUACGAAGAUGGAGGUCGCUUCGCAUGAUCUGGAAGCCUGGACUCUGGCGUUCCUCCCGGAUGGCUCAGGCCUGCUGUCGGGCGGAGAUGACAGCGCACUCCGUUUUGCUGAGCUUUCAGAUGGCUCUGGAGGAAGCGUACCUUGGAUGGAUGGGAAGAUACACGGUGCCGGCGUCACUGCUAUUCUCCCAGUGCACCUUGACAGCGAAGGUGGCUUGAUUAUCACUGGCAGCUAUGAUGAUCAUAUCCGGCUUCUUCACGUACCUAUCUCAGGUCGUCGCCAGGUUCUAGCGGAAGCCAACCUUGGUGGUGGCGUAUGGCGACUGAAGCUCUUGGAUCGAAACCCCAAGCUGCCAGCGCACCAUGGUGUUGAGAAAUGGAGGUCAGAACCACCGCCAGAGGCUAUCCUACUGCUUGUCAGUUGCAUGCAUGCUGGUACCAGGAUCGUAAGGUUCACCAAGAGCGGUUCCAAGGAUUGGCAGAUUGAAGUACUGGCCAAGUUUGAGGAGCAUGAAAGCAUGAACUAUGGCAGUGACUCUCAGCCAGAGCUCAAUAGUCAAGGUCAACGUACCUUCAUAUCUACGAGCUUCUAUGAUCGGCUGUUGUGUCUUUGGAGAUAUUAG